AUGAGCGACACCGAAAACGACGAUAUCCCACAAGAAGAUUACACCAACGCUGGUUCUGGUGCUUCAUUGACUUACCCAGUUCAAUGCUCUUCAUUGAGAAAGAACGGUCACGUCGUCAUUAACAACAGACCAUGCAAGGUUGUUGAAAUGUCUACCUCCAAGACUGGUAAGCACGGUCACGCCAAGGUCAACAUCACCGGUAUCGAUAUCUUCUCUGGAAAGAAGUACGAAGAAAUUUGUCCAUCCACCCACAACAUUGAUGUUCCAAACGUCUCACGUAACGAAUACUCUGUCAUCUACAUCACCGACGAUAGCUACCUCUCACUCCUCAAGGAAGACGGUACCACCAAGGACGAUCUCAAGGUCCCAGAAGGUGAAAUCGGUGAAAACAUCACCGCCGCCAUCGAUGCCGGUAAGGACGUCCUCGUCACCGUCAUCUCUGCCCUCGGUGAAGAAGGUGUUGUCUCAUACAAGGAAAAGAGUGAAAAAUAA